CAGCAAAGAGGAGCGUGUGAGCGAGCGAGCGAGCACUGGCCCAGAUGAGGCACUCUCCGCCGCCGCCGCCGCCGCCGCCGCCGCUGUAGCUUUGCUGAGGGGGAGCCGGUCUUGAUAUCUCCCAGCAAAGGCCGAGGUGGCGACAGCGGCUCUUCGCAGGAGGGGUCGUUGCUCUUUGCAUGAGGACCGCUCUUCCGCCACCCUGGCUGACUAGGGGGGAGAGAAGGUUGUCCCCUUCCUCCUCCUUCCGCACCACGCCGAUACAUUGAGACCUGGGAGGAGAAGGAGGAGGGUGGCGGCGGGUGUAUAAGCAGUACGGAGGCAGCCUCGGCUGGAUUUUGCUCUUGGUGUUUUGUUUCUUUUUUGCGGAAAAAAAUAGUGGGAUUUUAAAUUUUUUUGGGAUCUCUGCUUCAACAAGAGAGGGAGCCGUGCUUCUUGUUGCUGGUCCCUGCAGUGGAGACAGCGCAUCCUCGCACGGAGGCAGCAGUGCAACGUCGGCUUUUUGGCGGAGGACUCCCUCCAUGGAUCUGUUCGCUAGAGAGAUGAUCUAGACACAGGAAUCUCCUCUUCCGAUAUCCCACCCGCGCCCCUUCUCCCUCCCCCCUCCCCUGCCGCCCUUGGUUUGAAUCACUUUUUAAAAAUAUAUACAAUUAUUUUCCCAUGUACGGUCCCAAAGGCAAGCAGCACUUUCGUCCCAGCAGCCUCUGCAAUCCCACCCGUUUGGGUCAUUCGAGAAGGGAAAAGGAUGAUGCCUCAAUCUCUCCAGUCUCUGAUUUGAGUCGAGAGCUUCCAACAAAUACAUUUAAGUCGAGGUUUCGGGGGCGGUCGUGGAUGUUAUUUGCCACCCCUUCCCCACUGCAGCAAUGUCGUGCUCGCCUUGAAAAGGAAGAGCUAGGAAAGAGAGGCGCUUGGGAGGUUGGUUUGUUUGUGGUUCCCCAAGCCAGUCUGUUGGGGCGCCUUCCUGAAAUCGGAGGGAUCAAACAAUGACCCAACCGGCUUCCAAACGCCUCCGGCGCUGCCGCUGUGGCUGCCCUCUUCAAAAGCUUUCUAGAUGACCAACAAAUAGGCAGUUGCUCCCCGGGGCAAGAUUAAGAAUGACGAUACUGGGUGGUUUUGCUCCGCUUGCUGGAAAGCGUUAUCAGCAGCGACUGAAAUAUGCAGCCGCUUUAGUACCUUUCUGAUAACCAGGUCCCUUUGCAGUGGGGGGAUCGCCCUGACCCUACAGAGAGGAUUUAUGGUGGUGGCUUUUACUGACUAUGCUUACAAAUUUGCGUUUCGACUAGAGAGGGUGAUCUCGCUUAAGGUGCCGGAGAAAAUCAAAACCCAGGUGCCUCCACCUUUGAUUUCUAUGCAUGCCAGUGUUGUGGCUCUGUCACUGAUGUACCAACAAAUGGCUGAAGCACUGAGGACUUGACAGAGUGGGAAUCCUCAUUAGAGAGGCAAUCUUCUAUAGGUAGAGGAGCCUAUCUCCUAACUCUCUGUGUAGCUAUUUAAAUCCUGGGUGAAAAGAGACUAUCAUUCCCAACAGCCUCUGGAGAGAAGGGGACCCAAGUGGCUGGUCAGCAAGUCCCAUAAGAAGGAUUUCAAUCUCUUUAUCACGGAGAACUUGGUUUUAUUUGGACUUGGCCAGGACUGAUUUGUAAAAAAAAGCAUUGAAAUCUUACGUCUUUCCUCUACUGCACCUUCCUCUAUAGGGUUAGAGAAGCUGCUUGGAAGAGCUGAUUCUUCCUUGCCAUGAGUGGGAUUUCUUGUGAUUUGAUUUCUUUCCCUCCCACUUCUUUAUAACUUGCUCCACAAUCCCUCCCCCUUCUUCUCUGCCUUGGCAGGGCAUGUCCCGCUCCAACAGUGUGAGCCCUCCGGGGUUUGGAGCCCCUGCUGUGCCCAGGGGUGGAGGAGCAGAACAGCAUCGUUCUGCCUGGGGAGAAGCUGAAUCCAGAGCCAAUGGCUAUUCCUAUCCUCUUCCUACCAGGGCCUCAGUCAAAAAAUCUUCCUGUAUGGCAAGCAGGUGGAGAAGUGAGGAAGACUAUGAGCCACCAAACAGCAGGAACCACGGGAUAAGUGGCUGCAGGAUGAUGAGCUUCAGAUCCAAGUCUGCCUGGCAGGAUCAUGGGGGUGACAAGAGCCAGCAUUCUCGCCGGGCAGGAGAUCCCUCACUUGCCACAAGUCCUAGGCGCUAUGGCGUGGAGCAAGGUGAGGUGCGUCCACGCUCUGUGGAACUGGGUCUAGAGGAGAAGCGGAUCAAGGCCAAAAUUGAUGAACUGGAGGAGGAGGAAGAACAUUUGGAUGAUGAACAGGGUUCUGAGAUGGUCUUCUCCAUGGGCAGCUGCUGUGGUAGCUUGCUACAGAUCUUCAGGUCGAAAAAGUUUCAGUCGGAGAAGCUGGAACAUCUUUACCAGCGCUACUUUUUCCGUCUUAAUCAAAGCAGCCUAACCAUGCUGAUGGCAGUGUUAGUUUUGGUAUGUCUGGUCAUGCUGCUCUUCCACACAGUUCACGGUCACUACCAGGUGCCUUAUGUGGUGGUGCUGUCCUUGGCCAUCCUGCUGAUGGUGGCUCUGGGUGCCAUCUGCAAUCGCAAUGAUUUCCACCAGGACCAUAUGUGGCUCAUGUGCUACUCUGUCAUUCUGGUGGUGUUGGCCGUGCAAGUUGUUGGCUGCUUGCUGAUGCAGCCCAGGAGUGCCUCAGAGGGCAUCUGGUGGACUAUCUUUUUCAUCUACAGUAUCUACACCUUGCUGCCAGUUAGGAUGAGAGCCGCGGUCAUCAGUGGUGUGGUGCUGUCUGCCAUCCAUCUGGCCAUUUCUCUCAAAGUCAAUGCGGAAGAUAAAUUUUUAUUGAAACAGCUGGUGUCCAACAUCCUCAUCUUCACCUGCACAAACAUUGUAGGCGUGUGUACACACUAUCCAGCUGAGGUGUCCCAAAGACAGGCAUUUCAGGAGACCAGAGAAUGCAUUCAAGCUCGUCUACAUUCUCAGAGAGAGAACCAGCAGCAGGAGCGCCUCCUGCUCUCCGUACUUCCUCGCCAUGUUGCCAUGGAGAUGAAAGCUGACAUUAAUGCCAAAAAAGAAGACAUGAUGUUUCAUAAAAUUUACAUCCAGAAGCAUGACAAUGUCAGCAUUCUCUUUGCAGACAUUGAGGGCUUUACCAGCCUGGCCUCCCAGUGCACUGCUCAGGAGCUGGUGAUGACACUGAAUGAACUCUUUGCCAGAUUUGAUAAACUUGCAGCUGAGAAUCACUGUUUACGUAUAAAAAUCCUCGGUGAUUGCUAUUACUGUGUGUCUGGGUUACCUGAAGCAAGAGCAGACCAUGCACACUGCUGCGUUGAAAUGGGAGUGGAUAUGAUAGAGGCCAUCUCAUUAGUGCGGGAGGUAACAGGUGUCAACGUGAACAUGCGAGUUGGAAUCCAUAGCGGGAGAGUUCACUGUGGAGUCUUGGGCCUCAGGAAAUGGCAGUUUGAUGUAUGGUCAAAUGAUGUCACAUUAGCCAAUCACAUGGAAGCAGGUGGCAAAGCAGGACGAAUCCACAUAACAAAAGCUACACUGAACUAUCUGAACGGUGACUAUGAAGUGGAGCUGGGUUUUGGAGGGGAACGCAAUGCUUACCUCAAGGAGCACAGUAUUGAGACCUUCCUCAUUGUACGAUGCAGCCAAAGAAGGAAAGAUGAGAAAGCAACAAUAGCCAAGAUGAACCGUCAGCGCACUAAUUCCAUUGGCCACAACCCACCGCACUGGGGAGUGGAUCGCUCCUUUUACAACCAUCUCAGCACCAACCAAGUUUCCAAAGAAAUGAAGAGAAUGGGUUUUGAAGAUCCAAAAGACAAGAAUAUCCAGGAAAGCAUGAAUCCAGAAGAUGAAGUGGAUGAAUUUCUAGGCCGUGCUAUUGAUGCCAGAAGUAUUGACCGUUUACGUUCUGAACAUGUUCGCAAGUUUCUCUUAACAUUCAGGGAGCUUGACUUGGAGAAGAAGUACUCCAAACAGGUCGAUGAUCGAUUUGGUGCAUAUGUGGCUUGUGCCUCCCUAGUCUUCCUUUUCAUUUGCUUUGUUCAAAUCACAAUUGUGCCACACUCCAUGUUCAUGCUGGGGUUUUACCUGACCUGUUUUGUGAUCCUCACCAUGGUAGUGUUUGUUUCAGUCAUCUAUUUCUGCGUAAAGCUUUUUCCAGCUCCACUCCAGGCUCUCUCAAGGAAGAUUGUUCAGUCCAGGACCAAUAACACCAUAGUUGGGGUCUUUACCAUAGUGCUGGUUUUCCUCUCAGCCUUUGUCAACAUGUUCACAUGCAGUACUGUGGAUCUCCUUGACUGUGUGGCUGCAGAGUAUAACAUCACCCCACAUAAGGUGAACAUGUGCCAUAUUAGCUACUCUGCCUCCAACUACAGCCUGGGAACAGUGCAAGGAUUCUGUGCCAGCUCCCAGCCAAGCUGCAACUUUCCAGAGUAUUUUACCUACAGUGUCUUACUGAGCCUCCUGGCCUGCUCUGUGUUCCUUCAGAUCAGUUGCAUUGGGAAACUCAUUUUGAUGUUGAUUAUUGAAUUUAUAUAUGUCCUUAUUGUGGAAGUGCCGGGGCUUACCCUUUUUGAUAAUGCAGAUCUUCUGGUCACAGCCAAUGCCAUAGUAUUUUCCAAUGGGACGGAGAAUGAAAUAUGUCCUCCAAGUGUGUCCAGGGUGGCCCUGAAGAUUGUGACUCCUGUAGUUAUCACCGUUUUUGUUUUGGCGGUAUAUCUGCAUGCCCAGCAGGUGGAAUCCACAGCAAGGCUUGAUUUCCUUUGGAAGCUUCAGGCUACUGAAGAAAAGGAGGAUAUGGAGGAACUGCAGGCCUACAAUAGACGCCUUCUCCAUAACAUAUUGCCAAAAGAUGUGGCAGCCCACUUCCUUGCACAGGAGCGGAGGAAUGAUGAACUGUAUUAUCAGUCAUGCGAGUGUGUGGCUGUCAUGUUUGCUUCCAUCAGCAACUUCUCAGAAUUCUAUGUAGAGUUAGAGGCCAACAAUGAAGGAGUGGAAUGCUUGAGGCUCCUCAAUGAAAUCAUUGCCGACUUCGAUGAGAUAAUAAGCGAGGACCAGUUCCUACAGUUGGAAAAGAUCAAAACUAUAGGCAGCACAUAUAUGGCUGCUUCAGGCCUUAAUGAUUCCACCUAUGACAAAGUGGGCAAAUCGCACAUCAAGGCCCUGGCUGACUUUGCAAUGAGGUUAAUGGAUCAAAUGAAAUACAUCAAUGAGCAUUCGUUCAACAACUUCCAGAUGAAAAUAGGGCUCAAUAUUGGCCCAGUGGUAGCUGGGGUGAUAGGCGCACGUAAGCCCCAAUAUGAUAUUUGGGGAAACACUGUGAAUGUAGCCAGUCGAAUGGAUAGCACAGGAGUACCCGAUAGGAUUCAGGUGACCACAGACAUGUACCAGGUUUUAACAGUCAACAACUAUCAACUAGAAUGCCGAGGGGUCGUUAAGGUCAAAGGUAAAGGAGAAAUGACCACCUACUUCCUAAAUGAAGGCCCCCCACUGGCAAGUUAACAGCAGCGGGCAAGAAUGACUCAAGAAUGGCUCAGUUUGAUUCAAACACCAUAGCAAGUCAGAGAAAAAUCUGCUGUUUAGCAGCAAGUCUAAUACAAGGGCAUUUCAUUUGAUGCCUUUCUAGCCAGAUUGUGUGCAAGAAGGAAAAAAAAUAGUUUAGGCUACGUGGCACACAAUCCAGAAGUUACCUAGCAUUGCUGUGGAUUUUUCCUAGGUUGAGUGUAAAUUAAUUGACCAAAGAUUUUUGCUGAAUGGAAUUCAGAGAUGAAAACAUGGAUUUGAGAUCUUCAAUGAGGCUGCUAUGCAGGACUUAAGAUAUUUAAAUAUUUAUUUGAAGCAACACAAUGUUUUAACUUGGUUGAAGGAAAGUAUGAUUCAUUUCAACAAAAGGAAAAAAAUGAACGUCAUUACUUUGGAAAGGCUGUGCAGUCCCAUACUAUUUCUAGUCUGUGCUGUUAACUCCUUGAAGUGUGCCGUUGUUCUCUUAUUAGCUCUUUUGAGUGGACAUUUAAAAUUAAAAACACCACCCACUAUUGCUCUACACAAAGGGCCUUUUUUAAUGACACCAUUAGUAUUUUUUUUUCAGUGGGAAAGAUCAUUAUGUCCUCUUGCCAUCCCUACCCUCUCCACAGAUACAAGAUUUCUUCUUUUUACCAGAACUGAUGUAUUGAAAGGGAAAAGAGAGAGAAAUAUUCCUGAAGGUGAGGGCAAAAAUGACUCCUCAAGCAUAUUUAUUAAAUGAAAAGACAUUCAGUGUAUCUUGGUUUACACGACAAACUAGCUGACAACAUGCAACACUUGGAGAGGGAGAUUCCUCUCAAAUGUGUGGGGCUGUUGGUUUUGAGUUGUGGGGUUUUUUUUGUUUUUGUAUUUUUUAAUAUGGAAGAUACUGAGAUCUAAGAGAGAUACCAAAAUUCUGUAUUUUGAACAUUAUAUGCAUUAAACAGUUAGUCCAGUGGAGCAACAGCGAUCCACAUGUGGAUCGGCCAUACUGAGGUGCACCAAACAGCUUUAUGUGAAGGGGACUCAGAUGCAGCAACCUGACUGAGCACCUGGUACCUAGCACAGCAUCUGUCAGCUGUUAGAUAGGGCAGUAGCAGAGGCAGCUUUACCCAUAUCAGUUGAUUAGCACCUGACAAGCUGUUAGAAAGAAAGGGAAGGGACCCUCAGGCUGCUCCCUUUCUCCCUUCUGUUUUCCAUUUUGAAAGUUGAUCAGGACUAUGAGAUGUUUCUGCCCUGCUCUUCUGAUGUCUCCUUGAGUCCAGCAGUGGGUGUGAAGCCUUCUGCUGUAUUUGCAGUUCUUUGGAUUGGAGGCCAGGUACAUGGGGAUGUGUACAUAAGCUAUAGAAUUGUGUGAUAUUCUUGUCAUUAUUCUCUGAGUUGCAGACUUGGCAGUUUUCAAAUAAAUAUUGUACAGUCCGGGAAACAAGCAAAAUAAUCAUAACCAUAAUAGAAGGGGCUCCAGAUUUAAUUUUAUAGAAGACCUAAACUGUGGGAAACAUAAAAUUAGACAGAUAAGGAAAAGCAAGAACUAGAGCAGCUGCAUUCAUUUCUGACAUUGGAAGGAGCCAAGUGCAAGAGGUAAGUGUGUGUUCACAAUUCUGAAACUGUUAUUUGUCAAAGGUAUUAUGACUAAAGCCAGUUCCUGUGUGCAUCUGAACUGUAGCAGAAGAGAAAUAAAAAUCAAAUCCAGAAUUACUUUUUGAAAGAACUUUUACAGCUUAUGUAACAACUGUCUGUACAAGUAAGUGACACUGAGGAUUACCUAGACAUUUUGCUAUUCUGGAUGGAUGCUGUGGGAGUUGAAUUCCAUUAGUGAUUCAUUUAUUAUGGAUUUUAGUUUGAAGACUUAGGCAAGUUUUUUUUCAUAAUAAAACAUAUGUAUUAAUUGAUUCUCUAAAUAUGCUGAGAUGACCUGUCCUGCUGAACAAUACUUAUUUUUUAAAAAAGAGGGGGACUGUUAAUAAAUGUAUGAGUGAGUUAAAUACAUUUUGAACUUUUAAAAGCAAAGUCCCCUUCAUAUUUUAUUAAAAAGUAUAAAAGCAUAAAAGCUUCUAUUUUUAUAUUUCAGUAGGGGAAAACUUUUGAUAUUGAAUUUGGCUAUGUAAAAAAAAUGACUCAAAACAUACUGAUUCUACUUUUUUCCACUCUUCUCAGGGCAGAAUUUCCAUAACCUAAUGAUUGCCCGGCGCUGGCAAUUAGGACGUUGGGGAGGGAUGGGGUUAAUGUUACUCUUUGAACAAGAAAUAAGGUAAAAUCCAUAGUCUCAGUGAUAUUUGUCAUAUUGCUCAACAUGAUUGUAGCAUUAAACAGUUUUAAACUAGAGUGUCAGUAGCAUCCCACUUCCUUUCCCUUUUCACUAUGGCACACCCUGGAAUGGUAUAGUUGCCUGACUCCUAGAAAACUGCCAAGUCUGCCCUUGUACUAUAUUUUUGAACCUUAAAAAAAAUCAGUUUGAUUUGCAAAUGUCUUUAUUUACACAGUACUGCAGCUUGUUCUUCAUCACCUUCCACCCUUUAUUUUUAACCAUUCACCACUUCCACAUUUUAAUUAACAGCACAAUAUAGGAUCAUUUUGUUUUAGGUUUGCCUCCUGCUUUGAAAUAUGCAUUCUUAAUGUUUGAGCAGACCACCUUGCGCAAUUGUGUUGUCAAUUAAAUUUUCAGUCGCCUGUAUCUCUGACUGUGAUUGUUGACUGUGUCAUGAUCAUUUCAAGGGGUAUGCACUCUUUAUUCUGGCUCUUGCAAAAA